AUGGAGCCGAUAGGCGGUGCGAAGAAGAAGAAAAAGGAAAAGAGCCGAAAAUCCGAGUUUAUUCAAAUUCGUAUUCCAGUUGCGAAGGCGGGAAGUAAAAAAUAUACACACGUGGAUUGGAAUGAGUUGUUGAGAGAGAAUGGAAAACAGCGGGAUGAAGAGGAAUUGAGGAGAUUCUAUGAUGAAGACACGUUGUUUAUGGCAAAGAAACUUCGAGAAACGAAAAGCAAAAGCGGCAAGAAGAUACGUGUCAACUUGGACGAAAUACAACAUAUGAAUCGAAAUUGUGGAUACGAUAUGGAUGAUGAUUUCAUUGAUGACACAGAAGCGGUGGACGACACGAAUUUCGUCUCAAAAAAGGGUGGAUUCUAUGCAGGAAAGGGGAAUGUGAAAGAUCUUCAAGAUCUCAUCGAAGAGGAGGAAGAAUCAGAAGACGACGAUGAUGACGUCAUCGUUCCAGAAGUUUCGAAACCGAAAAAGAAGAAAAUCAAGGAGAAGACGUCGACGACGACAGCGACGUCAUCUGAUUCCGAACCAGAAGUCGUCAGAAUGACGGGAGCUCCGCCCACUGCUCGGAUGACCGGUGCUCCACCGUCGAAACGUUUCCGUCCGUCACCACCGACGAAGGAGCCGACUCCGCCCCCUGGAAUCAAGGCCAUCGAUUCUCCAGUCGUCGUCAAAAAGAAGGCCCCGCCCCCUGCUCCAGAAGUCAUUCUGUCCUCUACAUCAUCCACGUCUUCUGAUAUUAUUUGUCUUGACGAUGAGCCGCCAGUGAAGAAGAAGGCUCCAGAAGUCCAGAAGACGUCAACGUCAUCUGAAGUGAAUGGAGUCGCGAUGAAGAAUCAGAAUCCGAUGACGACGACGAUGAUGGCAAAGAAGAUAAUCAAGCAACAGGAGGAGACGAUAAACAACAAGAAACCGUCCGCCGUCCCAUCAUCCUCCAAAACUGCUUCAGCCGGCCCCACAACUCCAUCAAAACCGGAUGCCUCUCUGCUCACUCUCUCUUCAUCUUCAUCUCAAUCAAAACCAACGACAUCCCAACCACCACCAACUUCCACUAAACCAGUCGUUUCACAAACCGUCCAAAUCACAUCUCUCUUCGAAAAAAUCUCGAAAAAGGGGAAAUCGUAUCGAGAGAAGAAUUUGAAGACGUUCGAUCCGGAGACAUUGAGUGAUAUAGCGACGAUAAUGGAGAGUAUCCGAAGUUUGAAAAAGGAGAAAAUCGAUAUGGGCCCUGUGAUAACAACGAUAGCCAAUUCGUUUGGAAUGACGACGGAAGAAGUGACGAAACAAGUUGAGAGAGCUGCUACAAUCCAGAAAAAACCAGCAGAACCGCUGGAAAAACUCAAAAAACCUCGAGAUUCUGAAAUCGACUGGAAACUGAGUAAAACCGACUUACCGCAUAUGGAGGAACCGGAAAUCGCGAUGAUGACGACUAUCGUCGGAUCAUGGAGAAGUAAGAAACAGUUGACGAAUUCGAUGAUUUCUGGAUGGUUGAAAGAAGUUAGAGAGAAGAAAAUGAAUACCGACGAUGCGAGGGUUAGCUUCUACAGCGCGAUCAACAAACUGCCAGAUGUAGAUGUCUCAACACCACAAGAUAAUGGACUUGAGCUUCCGAAACACGAGAGAUCGCGAAAGCCUCGAAUGUUCCUUCACCAGUGGGUCUAUUUAUCUCGAAAAUACGUGGAAAUGAUACUUCCGACACUCAAAAAGAUGACGACAGAAGGACUCGCAUUGAAACAAUUGACGGCUGUAAAUGCACUGAAAGAAGGAUUGAAGAAACAAGUGUCAAAGUAUGAAUCUGCCAAAGCAAAAGAGCCAACGAUUCAACCAUUCCAAUUCAGUUACACCGAACCGAUACUCGCCGCCGUCGCUCCGUAUCUCGAAGAAAUGACGGAUUACGCCCUGGUGACUCGCCGUCUGGAGACCGUAGUCACUGCAAUCGAUAGUCUCCAUCCACCAAUCAGUGAACACGUCACCCUGAUUCAAUUCUACAUUGAAAUCUGUCGACGUCUUCAGAAAUUAUCAUUUCUCGUUGUCGAGGAACCGAUGAAGAAACGAUUGAGUGAUGCGAACGAACAAAUUGGAAAGCAUCAAGUCGUUCAGACGCCGAAAUAUCAAAUAAAAUGGCCGAAUGGAGAGGAACCGUCGUUGAGGGGACUCAAUCGAGAACUUCAUGUCUACGACAAAUCAAUUCUGGAAAUAAUCGGAAAGAGUCCCCCAUCGAAUCGCUCAUCGAUUUCAUCCAUCUCAUCGAAUCCUCUGACGUCUUCUACUCCCAUUCCAUCCCGCCCAUCUACUUCUGUAUCCAAACCAUCCACGUCUUCUGCUGCUGCUCCAUCUACCACCACUACAGCUCCAUCCACGUCAUUUGCUCCAAAAAUUCAGAAUACAUCGGAUGACGUGGCGAAACGACAACAAGCGAUGAAUCAACUCGUACAGGUCUAUCUGGGGAAAUACAUACUGGCAACGGGCAAUUCAUCAACAGCGGAAAUCACUGACUCGAAGCAAUUCCCUUUAUCAGAUGAAAUUCUCCUUCUAUUGACAAUUGCCGUUUACUCAAGUGGCGUUCCGUUGCCAAAUCAAAUGCUUAUGUUUAAAAAUCUCAUGCAAAACGUUGGUCAAGCUCGUCUGGCGAACGCUGUAGCCAUGCAUAAGGCACGGUCAUCGCAGAAGUUAACAGAAAAGGACUAUCAGAAAUUAUUCGAAUUUUUCGGUUCUCUCGAUAAGAAAUUGGAGCAGAAUAAACAGGAAAAAAUCAAUAAGAUCCAGGAAGAAAAUCAACGAAAAAUCGAGGAAAAACAACGGAAAGAACAAGAGAAACAGGCGGAAAAAGAGAGGAUUGAAGCAAGGAAAAGGGAAGAAAAAGAGCGGAAAGAAAGGGAAAAACGAGAGGAAAAAGAGAGAAAAGAGAGAGAAAUUCGAGAGAAUUUUGAGAGGAAACGGAGAGAAGAAGAGGAUCGGAUUAGGGCGAGAAGGGAAUUGGAACAAGAAUUGGAGGAUAAAAGAAGGAAAAAGGAGGCGGAGGAGGCGGUGGAGAAGGAAUUGGAGAGAAGGGCCAAGUUGGAAACGGAGGCAGCAAAUGCGCUCCAAGGACUCGAAGAAGAUCUCCUUUUGGACGAUAUCGAUUUUGUGACGGAGCAACAGAGCAAGGUUGAUGAGGAACGAAAAAUAGCGGAAGCGAAGAGAGCAGAGGAACGAGAGAAUCAGAUCAAGAUGAUGAGAGCUCAGCAGAUUCAGAGGAGGCGGGAGGAUACACCGGAAGUUGUGGUGCCUACGGUAGUGCAACCAGAAAUAGUACAGCCUUCUUCAUCCACCAAUCCCUCUCUCCGCACACCAGUCGUUGUCAAGAAGGAAUUUUUUGAGCCGCCAGUGGACAUUCUAAACGCGGCUCAAGAAGCCGCCGACAUCCCAAUAAUCGAACCAAAUAAUAUAGUGAAACAGGAGCCAGAAAAACCAAUGAGUGCAUUCGAGAAAUUGGCGUCUCUCCGUGGAAGAACAAUGUCUGCUGAUAUGAAGAGAGGAGGCGAUGUGGGGACACAAAUGGGACAUGUGGGACAUGUCCCCGUGACAACUAAUGGAAUACAGAAUUUGCAAGGAGCACAACAGCCUAUGGGUGUCAUUGAGAACUCUCCGUAUCUUGCCUCCCAAUCCGCCACCCAACAAUUCUUCCCAACAUCGUCCGCCCCAAUGACUCAACCUCUUCAACAUCUCGAUCCGCCAGUAGCCAUUCAUCAGAAUUCUCAAAAUUCUCAACUUCCGAACCAAUCUUUUAACUCCGCCCCCAUUCCACCAAUGCAUCAGCCAGUUCCACGUCUUCAGCAUCAGAAUCCUCAACUCAAUCAUCAAGCCCAAAUGCAUCUCCAGCAACAACAACAACAACGUCUUCAACACCAAAAUCCGAAUUCCAUGUCAUCUGGAGCAAUUUUCCAGGGGAAUGGAGCCGAGCAACGGGAACCGAAUCGACGCUCCAUGUCAAUGUCUCAACCUCAAUCAUCAACAUUCCUCAACACGCAACACCAAUCUCCACAAACCCUUCAGCAGCAACAGUUUCCAAUCAACUCAUAUCAAUCACCUAUCCAUCAGAAUAGCUCAAUGAGCAACUCAUCGCUAAUGCACACACCGCACAGCAAUAAUUCAAUGGUCUCUCAGAGUCCUCAGUUCUCUUCUCACCCGUCACCCAUGUCCCAACAAUUCCAUACCCCGCCAUCCGUCGGAAUGCUAACCCAUAUGAAUCCGAGUCCGAUGGCUCAACCCAAUCCGUCGCCUCUUCAACAUUUCAAUUUUCCGCCAACUGCUAGUAGUAAUUAUUCUCCGCAAAGAGUCGCGCCCCAGCAGCAGCAACAAAUGCACCGCCAGCUCAGCCAACAAAAUUUGAUGAUGAUGCAGCAGCAGAAUCCGAAUGACCAACAUCCGUAA